AUGUUGUUUAUUAUAAAUUUUGUACUACUGGCGUCGGCGUUGACCUCGUCCUCGGUGCUCGGAGGUCCGUCCGGCCCGACAUCGAGACAGAUGACGUACGCAAAAGAGACCAAAACCGUAAUGCGAUCAGAUGAAACGGCGCAGGUGUUGGCCGUCGGCGACCGAUCGUCCAACCUGAAAUACGUGAUGGCGAUCCAGAAGUCGACGAUUUGGGAUGAGAUCAAGAAACGUUCGUUGACGAUAAACACGUCACAAGGAUUGGACGACGAGGUCGCCGGAAAAUCGCCGGACGACCUGACGGACCAAGAACUGGCGCAGCUCAAGCAAGCGUGCCACGACGGGCUCAAGUGCGUGGCCGUCGACCAGCUUUUGGUGCUCAAACAGGUCAAAGAACAGCUUGGCGACGGCCAAGUGUCCGUGCGCACGGCCAUCACCAAGAUCACCCAGGUGCUCACCCAAUACACGACCGAGAUCCACGAGGACGUUUACCAGUACGAGGCGGUCCAAAAGUCCGACGAUCAGUCCAAAGUGUACGAGUCGGUGACCACAAUAGUGGAGGACAACAAGGAACUGUGUCGGGUCAAACUCGCGCCGGAGACAGCGCAAAGCCACCAGAAAAACGAUGACGGUAAUACUACGCCCGCGGCCGUCAACAACAACAAUACCGUAAACUACAAUACAUUUAAGAACUACAACAUCAACAACGGCACCGUCAACAGUGCCACCAUCAACAUCGAACCGCAUUCAGGCGAUUCCGUUGACGGCGAUCGGUCCGAGCACGAAACGCCGCUGGUCAAUAGCGAUGAGCAUGGAGCGACCACAGACGAACGCGCCAGACCAAACCUCUCACGGGGCAGCCGGACAGCCAGCCGACCGGUCACGACCACCGAAGAUCAACCCGAGUACACCAAUACCCCAGUACAGGUUUUAGACGAUCGCCGUAAACCCAUGCUGAUGAUCACCGACGGGCCAUCACCGCGGGACGGUGAUGGUGACGAAUCCGCCUCCGACAUCGAUACCGAAAACAGCGGUGGCCAACGAAGAUAUCGACGGCCGAGUCUCGACGGAACCGGUCGGAAAAACGGUGCCGACGAGCCGGCCGCUAACAACAAAAUAGUUUCAAGCCGUUCAAGCGGAAACGAUGCCUCCGACCGCAUCGGUAAUACAGCUGCGGAUGGCGUCGAUAACAACACCGUAGAACUGGACAACAGUUCGGGCAGUAAAGCCGGCGGGGAAAACGACUCUGACAGUGAUAUCGUCAGCGCAGGUUCUCACAACACACAUAGCUCGAGGAAAGGCUUGGUCGAAGACGGAUUUUUGAACAACGGCAACAUGAAAGUCAGUAACGUCGACAAUAGUAACCGGAACAAAGGUACACUGAAAGGCGCCAAAGCUAAUAAUGGUAUCAUCAACGUCGGAACGACCAACAAUGGUCCGGUUAACUACGGUACGGCUAAGGCUUACACCAACAACGGAACCACUUUGCACAUGGACACCCACGACAUCCGCCAGUAUGUGGACAACAUCGAUAAAAUGUAUUCCACGAUAUUAAACGAGUUCGCUAAAAACUAA